GACAAAGAGAGGGACCACACAGCCUCAAGUUCUCCAGCUCACAGAACUCCACAAGACACACACAUGACGGCAGGAGAUCAACCCAUACGACACGAUGAUGAUGAUGAUGGCACCAGCACAGGCUUAUCUGCUGCUCUAGAAAGCACAUUUCUCACAUUUGUCUGCGUGAGCACGAAGAAAAAGCCGUUGGAUGAUAAUCUGCGCGGAUCUUGAGGACACUGAAUGGAAGUAAAUAGACAAGAGGAGGCGUAAGAAACAAACGGGGGAGCGACUCAUUCAGCACCGAGCUUUUUAUUGAGUGCAACGUUUUGAGUCCACACCAGGAUUUUGUUUCGUCGUAGACAACACAUUGUGCACGAAAGGAUCUGGAUUUAACGGAGGGAGAGUCGGGAAGCUCCGUUUUACUGAGCCAUGAAGAAGAACAGUUCAACAAAGCGGGGCCCUCAGGACGCCAAUCAACAGCCCAUGCAGCCUGACAAAACUGGGUGGAUUCGCAAGUUCUGUGGCAAAGGAAUUUUCAGGGAAAUUUGGAAAAACAGAUUUGUUAUACUGAAGGGAGACCAACUCUACAUUUCUGAAAAAGAGGUCAAAGAUGAGAAGAAAAUCCAGGAGGUGGUCGAUCUCACCGACUAUGAGAGGUCUGAAGAACUUCGCAAGGCCAAAAGCAGGAGCAAAAAGAAUCACAGCAAGUUUACACUUCUGCGUUCACGGCAGCCCGGCAACACGGUUCCAAAUCUGGUGUUUUUGGCUGUCAGUCCAGAAGAAAAGGAAUCAUGGAUCAAUGCUUUAAAUGCAGCCAUCACCAGGUCCAAGAAUCGCAUAUUGGAUGAGGUGACAGUAGAAGAGGACAGCUUGUUGGCCCAUCCGACGCGUGACAGAGCUAAGAUACCCCACACUCGCCGUCUGCCCACCCGCGGACACAUCAUGGCCGUGGCUUCUACCACAAACUCGGAUGGCAUGCUGACACUUGACCUCAUCCAGGAAGAAGACGUCCCCUCCGCACAGGGUCAGGACUCAAGCAAGGAUGCCCUCGAUAAAGCUGCUUCUCAGCGUACCCUAGACACCUCCAAGCUCUCAACUUGUAACGAGACCACUGGAAAGUCCCAGAGUUUGCCGCGGAAAAGCGAGAGUGCCUUCGACUGGUCAGACAACCACAGGACGCCACAGCUCCGCAAAAAAACAUCCACGUCUGACAAGAACCGCUGCGCUUCCAUGGACGAGAUCCUCACACACUGUGAGACGCGAGCACUCCCUCACUGCUCGACUUCGGCGCCCGUGCAGCCCAUCACCCAGCUUCAGGAUCUCAUCACUCAGAAGCUAGAAAGAACUCAAGAACUGCUGACGGAGGUACGGGCGCAGGGCAAGGGGAAGGGCUCGCCGGCUGGGAAGAGCUCCAGCCCGGAGGUUCAGCGGAUAGAGGCCGAGAUGCUUCUGGAAGAGGCUGCGUCCACUUGGGGACAGGCUCGCGACGUGCUGGAGGAAGUGAAAGAACUCCGAGCUUUAUACAAGCAGCUUGACUCUGCUUCUUCCAACACACUCAGUCCUCCACAGAACGGCAAACUAAACAGCCCUCAACAAGCAAACCACUGGAAAAGCAUGAUGUGAGAACAUACAUGGCGUUAUUUUUCAAUGGACUCUUCCUGUUGACUGCUUUAGUAUUGCUGGAAUCAACAAAAAACGAGCUGUAUGUGUAUGUAUGGAUUGUUAAAGAGCAAAUCUAGUUUCUUCCACUCCCUAAUAUCAGCGUCAGAGAAUAGCAGAAAUUUGAGGGCCUGGUGGUUUUACCAAACAGAAGCUGUUGCGUUGUACGCUGCAGUAUCAGUUUUCACAGUGAUGUCGACAGGGACGCUAAAAGCACCGAGUCAUUGCGUGGCCCAUCAGGGUAAGACAGGGUGAGAAACACCAGAUGGCGGUGAUGUUGUCAUAACUGGUCUAUCACAAUGUGAAUGUUUUCCCUUCUGUUUCAUAAUACACUGGAGGCCGGUCGCAGGUCUAUUUUACUACCUGGGUCAUUUUUGUACGUAAUAAUAAUAAUUCCCAGCACACUUGCUCUGCUGUUAACACAAACCAAGCUCAUAAUAAGAUGCAAUCAGGGUGCAGCCAAAGGCAAUUGGUGGAAAGAUCACGGAUAGCAGAGCAUGUUUUUUGUCCGGCAGCGCUCUGUAUCUCGUCAAAGCCAUGAAACAUGAACACAGAUGACGUCUGGUGCCAGUGUUGCUGCGGAAAGUGGAUGACGAAACAGCUGCCAUUAAAGACGAGACUCCAUGCAGUAAACUGUUAAUAAUAAUUACACAUUUGCACUAUGGAGAAUGCUGUAAAACGAGAGUGACACUGGCAAGCUAUCUUUUCGAACCUAAGAGGCAGAACAGACAAUCUACUGUAGAUAGGGAAACAUGGGUCGUGUAGCUCCAAGUCUUUACACCUAAGUGGUAUUUCCGAAAAUGUUGGUAUCUCUCAAAAAUCAAAAGCUGCCUUAGUGUAUUUUCAAAAGGGCACAUGCAAACUGCAUUUCAAAGACUCUGCUUGUGUAUUUUAAUUUUCCAAAAUUUCACCUACAAGUUGCCUGCACCUCAAGAGAAGCUUUUAAAGCAGGAUUUUAUUUUGCUUGCGCUAUGCUUUGCAGAAAUUUCAUCUCUGGGGAACUAUGCAAGGUUGCAUGGGUGAAACUCACAAAACCGGUCUAGAAUAUGAACAUAUUUCAUAUUUGUCAUAUUUCACCCCAGAAUUUCUAUGAGAGAAAGACGAAAUUGUGUUUUGCUUGAAGUAAAUGAAGCUUAUUUUCUAAUUUAAAGUCUAAUUUUAAUCUCUACUUGUACGAAAAUUUUAGGAGCUGUCAAACGAUUAAUCGCGAUUAAUCGCAUAUAAAAUAAAAGUUUACGUUUGCCUAAUAUAUGUGUGUACUGUGUGUAAUUAUUAUGUAUAUAUAUAUAUAUAUACACACAAAUUAAUGUAUAUAUUUAAGAGAAAUAUGUUAUGUACAAAAUAUUUUUAUUUAUAUACAAUAUAAAUUAUAUAAAAAUAUAAAUACAUGUAAAUAUUUCUUAAAUAUAUACAUGAAUAUGUUUGUAUUUACAUAUACAUAAUAAUUACAUACAGUACACACACAAACAUAUUAGCAAACUCAAACUUUUAUUUUGUAUGCGAUUAAUCAUUUGACAGCCCUAGAAAAUGUAUUUAGCAAUUAAUUACGCUUUUUACAAAUUAUUUUGUUUUUAUUGUCAAAAAGGAAAAAAAAAAAAUACCAGUCCUAUAUAAUUCAUUUUCUUU